UUUGCUUUCUGAGAGAUGCAAGUAGCUUCUUGGACAUGUGCUAGUUUUCAUAUGUUGCUAGUACAUUUGAAAGACAGUCCAUGCCAUUGAUGGCCCCAGCAAGCCACCUUUCCUACUCUCUGUCCCUAUUAGAUGUGUCUUCAGUUGUUCAGAGGAGAGAGGCCUCCACACAGCCCCUGAUUAUCUUCCUUCCAAAAUGCCAGUGUUCCUCUAUCUGGUUCUCUUGGUACUUGAACUUCAUUGUGCACCACCUAACAGAUCUGAAGGCAAAGUAACCACCUGCAGUUCCUCCCAACAAAAUGCCACUUUCUAUAAGAUGUCAUCCAUCAAUGCUGACUUUGCAUUUAACCUGUACUGGAGGUUCACUACGGAGACCCCAGACCAGAACAUCUUCUUUUCCCCUGUGAGCAUUUCUGCAGCUUUGGCCAUGCUCUCUUUUGGGACUUACUACAGCACCCAAACUCAAAUACUGGAAAGCUUGGGGUUUAACCUUACAGACACCCUGAUGGCAGAGAUCCAGCAGGGCUUCCAGCACCUGAUCUGUUCACUGAAUUUUCCAAAGAAAGAGUUAGAAUUACAAAUGGGAAAUACCUUCUUCAUUGGGAAGCAGCUGAAACCACUGGCACAGUUCUUAGAUGAUGUCAAGAGCCUCUAUGCAACUGAGAUAUUUUCUACCGACUUCUCCAAUGUUUCUGCAACCCAGCAGGAGAUCAACAGUCAUGUGGAGAAGCAAACCAAAGGGAAAGUUGUAGGCCUCAUUCAAGACCUCAAACCAAACACCAUCAUGGUCCUGGUGAACUAUAUUCACUUUAAAGCCCAGUGGGCAAAUCCUUUUGAUCCAUUCAAGACAGAAGAGGGUUCCAGCUUCUCAGUGGACAAAACCACAACAGUGCAAGUGCCCAUGAUGCACCAGAUGGAACAAUACUAUCACCUGGUGGAUACGGAGCUGAACUGCACAGUGCUUCAAAUGGACUACAGCAAGAAUGCUCUGGCACUCUUUGUCCUUCCCAAAGAGGGUCAGAUGGAGUGGGUGGAAGGGUCCAUGUCAUCUAAAACACUGAAGAAGUGGAACCGCUUACUGCAGAAGGGGUGGAUUGACUUGUUUGUUCCAAAGUUUUCCAUUUCUGCCACAUAUGACCUUGGAGCCAUCUUUCUGAAGAUGGGCAUCCAGGAUGCCUUUGCUGAUAAUGCCAAUUUUCUUGGACUUAUGGGGGACAAUGGUCUUAAAUUUUCCAGUGCUGCCCACAAGGCUGUGCUGCACAUUGGUGAAAGGGGAACUGAAGCUGUAGUUGUCCCUGAAGUCAGAUUCCUGGUUCAGCCUGAGAUAACUCUCCUUCACCCUAUCAUCCAAUUUGAUAGAUCCUUUCUGCUGUUGAUUUUGGAGAAAAGCACCAGGAGCAUUCUCUUUCUAGGGAAAGUUGUGGACCCAAUGGAAGUAUAAUUGGGAAAUAAGCUGUUGGGUAAUUGCAUGUGCUUGUUGCAAUAAGAAAUAAAUAAAUAGUAUGGCUUG